GCGACGCGCGCGCAGCCAAACGACCAUCCCAGUAGUGAUGUGCCGGUAAUAUGUCGAGUGAGGGUUCUGUGACAUCCAGUGGGUCUAGGAUCCGACAGUUUGGCUUGUACAGGACUAUCGAUGCGAGGACCGAGGAGUUUUUAAGGUCCUCCAGAAAGCGACAGAUAAGGCAAGGAUGUGCCUGCGCCGCCAUUUCUACGGCAAUCACAGUUACCGUUGUUGUUGUAAUUCUACUGAUCUACGAAUACGCGAUUGCUGUAGAAUGGAGUUUAGUACAAAACAGGAAAGGCAUGAAUCGAACCGAAAGCAGAAACGAUCAACCAUUUGCUGAUAGACUUGACCGAAGUUACUUUGGGCUCGACCAAGAUUACUACGAACGUAUGCCUUUACUCAUCAAUGCUUUGCAAGAAAGCAGCUACUUUGACCCACUAUUAGAAACUACUGGACCCUUUCCAAGGAAGAAAAGAUUUAACAUGACUAUAAUUAAACCGACAACAACAAAACCAACUUACAAACCGAACGCUGUAAGAAGAACCAGUCCACGACCAUUCUUCUUUGAAUACAGAAGCCCAACUCCUUUACCCUUCAGCAAAACUUACGGAUCAAGAAGCUGGAUAGAACGGUAUAGAAACGAAGAACGAUUAAAAAAUAUACGUCAAAUAAUAAAAUAUUUAGAAACAACGAUCAAUGCAAAAGCGGGAGAUAUGCACUCUAAACCUACAAGCACGCAUAUAGCCUUUACUGGCCUAUAUAUAGAACCAAUGCUAGAGAAUAAAAGCGCAGACGUUGACACGAAAUCAGAUUUACAGCAACAAAGUUCAGAAAAUGUAAAGAUUGUUAAAUCAAACCAUCUAGCAGAUCCACUCUUCAAUUUCAAACCAGAAAGUCCUGGAGAUGUUAAUCUGUUGGCUGAUGAUUUUCUGCGCUUUGCUCCAAUUCCUACUCCCAGUUUAUUAGAUACUACAAACAAGUAUCCAAUGUUCCGACAGAUUCCAUUCCACAAGAGGAAUUGUCUAGGCAACAAAUGUGAGAACAAUGAUGUUGGUAGUCAUCCGUUUGUAUCAAGUUCCAAUGACAUUAGACAUACAGAAGCUCCACCUGUUAGUACUACAAAAUCUUUCAGCGUCAUGCUUAAUUUAUUUCCCGUCCAGAAAGAAACAACGACCACGCCAACUUCUCUAGAUAAUAUUUACCUUACUACAUCACGGCCUUUGAUACAAUUCAAAAGAAAAUCCAAUGUUGGAAUAAGACGUAUUUAUACUCCAUAUAAAAGGCCCAGGUAUUUAAGUAAUAUAAUAAAUAAACAAACAAAGGAAAUGAAAGCCAAGGAAAGUAAUAAAGAUAAUAAGGAAACUGAAACUGGCACGCAAAUGAUAGUCCACGUUAAAGUGUACACUCCCGACGAAAAAACUGACAUGAAAAACGAAACGAAAAAAGUUCAUCAUACGAUACCAUCGACACAAACUAAUCCUUAUACGACGAAAGCUCCCAUAGAAUUAUCAACAUCGCAGAUAGAAGAUCACCAUGUUGGCAGUUCAGGUUACAUACCUGUAGAAUUAAAAUCUGAAACACCUCCUUUACCCAAAGUUACAACCAUGAUACCUUUCUUUGAUUUGACAACUGAAUAUUCUUGGCCAGCUCCAACCGAGGUGCUACAUUUUAAUGCUCAAGAUGCAAAAGUGCCUAAUGAAUACAUAGAACUAGAGAGAAGAUCAAGUGCACAAUAUCAAAAUAAUAUAGAAAUAAGCCGAAGGAACUCUGGCGAACAUAUUGAUAUGCAAGAGGAACCUAGUACACUUAUUGUUAAACUUAAAAACGAAUAUGUAGGAACUACUACCGAAACUACAGAAGUUAACAAAAGUACGGAGAAAGUUGAGGAGACCACAACGGUUUGGACAUAUGUACCUCAAAUAAAUGGUCAUUACAGAAGCAUUAAUCAAAAUUCUAAGAACGUUAACACGUGGUUAGAUGAGAAUAAUAGAAAAAAGCGUUUAGAGCAAUCUGUAUCAGGUUUGCAUACUUAUGUUCCAAUGUAUAAAGAAAUUAGAAGAAAUCAUACAAAAGCAUCUAAUGAAGACGAUAAUGUUGAUGAUGAUGAAAGUAGUGAUGAUAAAAAUAAAAAUAAGGGUGAAGAUUGAAGAUGUAUCAUUGUGAUUGUAAAAUAAAAUAUUCCAUAUAGAAAAGUAGAGAUACUUGAUAAUAUAGGUAGUCUUUGUAAAAUAUACGAAUUAUAUUUUCCUGUGUCCCACCGACUUUACUUGCUACCCAUUGAUGUAUCUUACUGAUUUCAACUUUGUGGGAACAUUUGUAAAUAAAUCAUUAAAUUAUU